CUGUGGGUCCUGGGGAAGGGGCAUAUAGAGAGAGGUUGCAGUUUGCAGUUUGGGGUGACGGUGACAUGCGAUUAGCCAUUAGGGGGCUGGAGCCUGAGAGGUCUGGGGCACUGGCGCGUCCUGGAGGAGGGGCUGCCCUGCAGGGUGUUCCAGAUAAAGUACAGAAAGACAAGGCUGCACAGACCCCGGGCCCCGGCCAGGCCAGCCGCAUGGGGAAACUCUUGGGUUUUGAGUGGGCAGAUGUGUCCAGCUGGGGGAGGCUGGUGACCCUGCUGAAUCGGCCAAUGGAUCCUGCAAGCCUGGCUGUCUUCCGUUUUCUCUUUGGGCUGUUGAUGGUGCUGGACAUUCCCCAGGAGCGGGGGCUCAGCUCCCUGGACCGAAGAUACCUGGAUGGGCUGGAGGUGUGCCGCUUCCCCUUGCUGGAUGUCCUGCAGCCACUGCCACUUGACUGGAUGUAUCUUGUCUAUACCGUCAUGUUCCUGGGGGCACUGGGCAUGAUGCUGGGCCUGUGCUACCGGAUAAGCUGUGUGUUAUUCCUGCUGCCGUACUGGUAUGUGUUUCUCCUGGACAAGACGUCAUGGAACAACCACUCCUAUCUGUAUGGUUUGUUAGCUUUUCAGCUGACAUUCGUGGAUGCAAACCACUACUGGUCUGUGGAUGGCCUGCUGAAUUCCCGAAAGCGGAAUGCCCACGUGCCUCUUUGGAACUAUGCCGUGCUGCGUGGCCAGAUUUUCAUUGUGUACUUCAUUGCGGGUGUGAAAAAGCUGGAUGCAGACUGGGUGGAAGGCUAUUCCAUGGAGAACCUGUCCCGGCACUGGCUCUUCAGUCCCUUCAAACUCGUGUUGUCUGAAGAGAUGACUAGUCUGCUGGUGGUGCACUGGGGCGGACUGCUGCUUGACCUCUCAGCUGGCUUCCUGCUCUUCUUCGACGCCUCGAGAUCCGUGGGCCUCUUCUUCGUGUCCUACUUCCACUGCAUGAAUUCCCAGCUUUUCAGCAUUGGUAUGUUCCCCUAUGUCAUGCUGGCCAGCAGCCCUCUCUUCUGCUCCCCUGAGUGGCCUCGGAAGCUGGUAUCUCACUGCCCCAAAAGGCUGCAAGAACUGCUGCCCCUCAAGGCUGCCCCUCAGCAGUGCAUGUAUAAGAGGAACCGGGCCAAAGGCAGCCAGAAGCCAGGGCUGCGCCAUCAGCUAGGCGCUGCCUUCACCCUGACCCUGAUCUACCUCCUGGAGCAGCUCUUCCUGCCCUAUUCCCAUUUCCUCACCCAGGGCUAUAACAAUUGGACAAAUGGGCUCUAUGGCUACUCCUGGGACAUGAUGGUGCACUCCCGCUCCCACCAGCACGUGAAGAUCACCUACCGUGAUGGCCGCACUGGCGAGCUGGGCUACCUUAACCCUGGGGUAUUCACACAGAGCCGGCGAUGGAAGGAUCAUGCAGACAUGCUGAAGCAAUAUGCCACUUGCCUGAGCCGCCUGCUUCCCAAGUACAAUGUUACUGAGCCCCAGAUCUACUUUGAUAUUUGGGUGUCCAUCAAUGACCGCUUCCAGCAGAGGCUUUUUGACCCUCAUGUGGACAUCGUGCAGGCUGCCUGGUCCCCCUUCCAGCCGACACCUUGGCUGCAGCCACUGUUGAUGGACCUCCCCUGGAGGGCCAAGUUACAGGAAAUCAAGAGCAGCUUGGACAACUACACUAUGGUGGUCUUCAUUGCAGAUUUCCCUGGGCUGCACCUGGAGAAUUUUGUGAACGAAGACCUGGGCAACACUAGCAUCCAGCUGCUGCAGGGGGAAGUGAUUGUGGAGCUGGUGGCAGAACAGAAGAACCAGACUCUUCAGGAGGGAGAAAAAAUGCAGUUGCCUGCUGGCGAGUACCAUAAGGUGUACACAGUGUCACCCGGUCCUUCCUGCUACAUGUACAUCUAUGUCAACACUACGGAAGUUGCACUGGAGCAAGACCUGGCAUAUCUGCAGGAAUUGAAAGAGAAGGUGGAGAAUGGAAGUGAAACAGGGCCUCUACCCCCCGAGCUGCAACCUCUGCUAGAAGGGGAAGUAAAAGGAGGUCCUGAGCCAACACCUCUGGUUCAGACCUUUCUUAAACGCCAGCAAAGGCUCCAGGAGAUUGAACGCCGGCGAAACUCCCCUUUCCACGAACGAUUCUUCCGCUUCUUGCUGCGAAAGCUCUAUGUUUUUCGCCGCAGCUUCCUGAUGACUUGUAUCUCACUUCGAAAUCUGGCGUUAGGUCGCCCUUCCCUGGAGCAACUGGCCCAAGAGGUGACUUAUGCAAACUUGCGACCCUUUGAGCCACUUGGAGAGUUGAAUCCUUCAAACACAGAUUCUUCAAAUUCGAAUCCUCCUGAACCAAAUUCUGAGCAUAUCCACUCAGAGUUCUGAAGGGGGCCAGAUAUUGGGUACAGACGUGGGAGCAGCCAGGCACAGGACCAUUACCUGUGCCGUGGAGAUUUGAAAAAAACGUUUACAGACAUUUACAUUUUUCUUCCUUGUCUAUAGCUCCUUUAAAUUCAGAAGUGAUAUCUUAGAGGAAGGAGCCAAGAAAGUAAAGCAAGGAUAAGAUUUAUCAAUCCAAGGUUUAGAGGCCAGGAGGGGGUUAAAAGCAAUGUGAAAAGGUCCUUCUACAAUAAAGGGGAAAGUUAGGUUUAAAGUGACUGGCUCCUUGGGGAAAGAGAUUUUAUGUACCAUGAUGAAAAUAGUAGCUAAGUAUUCUCAAGUGCUUGCUACAUGCACAAUGCUUCACACAGUGCCUACAUUACAUUUAGUCCUUAAUGGUCACUAGUCUUAUUUUACAGUUGGAGAAAAUGACACUGAGAGGUACUAUAAUUUGCUCAAAGAUGUAAACCUCGUAAGGGAUGGAUUGAUGGUUUGAACCUCAUGUCUGACUUAAGGUCCUUUACCCUAUCUCUUGUAAUUUUGAGAAUCACAAUAAUUCUGAAGUAAUGUAACUUAAAA